AAUUCGACGCGUCGGACGCGACGCGCUUGUCACUCUUGACUUUCAUCCUCUCUUCAAGCCAUCGUCCUCGGCUGUCACCUUCACGUUAUACGAGUCCCGAUUAGACAUCGCGUUUUUAUCAUGUCGUCCAUACCAGACUUUCUAGCUAAACAGCUAUUCAUUGAGAAGAACGUGGUUACGUAUCGAUCUCUGAGCCGUCAGUUCAAGAUUCAUGUGAAUGUCGCAAAGAACGAACUUGCCACCUACCACGCUACACCACAGUCUUCAGCAGAACAAUCCUACGCGACUUACAUCAUCUCUGGAGAACUUUUCCCCAGAGCUUCUUCCCAACCUCUUUCGACAGAGGAUGAUACUCAGAUGGACGUGGACGAGCCUCAGGAGGGUCAGGAAGAUGAGCCGGAGGUCGAUUCAGAUCUUGUACCUCAAGUGAAAAUUACAUUGGUUGGGGAGAAGGAUCUUGAACAGGCCAAGACACAAUACGCCCGUAUAUUUUCUGAGCACAUAUAUUGUCUAUCACCCUCGCCUUUGGUCGAUUCUAGUCUCAUCUGUGCGCCGUCGGCCAAUAUUUACAAGGCGGAUGCAAAGUUGUCUCCAGAACAGUCGAUACUGCUAGGUCGUGUUGUCGGCCCGGAUGUGAAGAUUGGGAAAGUGCAACCCCUGCCAGCUGCUUCAUCCAAAGGCAAAGCACCUGCGACUACUACUGUACGAAAGCCAGGUCUUGCAGCGUCGGCUUCGUUAUCCAAAGUCAAGGAAGAGCCAAAAGCGGAAAGUAUCAAGGCCGAGAAGAAGGCUGAUGAAGUCAAGCCAAAGGAUUCGAAGUCUCCUCCAGUAAUCUCGAAACCCAAACCCAGCGGAAAGCUUGACUUCAGUAAGGCUAAAGCGAAAGCGAAGGAGGAAAAGAAGACUGUCAAGGAGGAGGAACCCUCAGAGCGGGAGAAGACUGAACCAAUCUUCAAGAUCGGACCACCGUCGAGGGCGAAGAGAGAAACAAAGGGGAAAUCUACUGCAAGCAAGAAACCUGUCAAGCGCGAGAGCAGCAGUUCCGCGACAUCUCCUUCAGAGCCACCCCCAAGGCGAGGAACGAAACGCAAAUCCGCGAUGCCUAUUGACUCUGAUUCCGAACAGUCUGCAGUAACAGAGACACCGGCACCAAGUGGACCUUCACGUUCAAUUUCUCCCGUUCCUAAGUCAAGGGGUAAAGCUAAAACAGCGGCAGUGAAAGUGAAGAAGGGCAUCGUAUUGUCAGACGACGAGGACGAUGAAGAUGAAGAUAACCUCAAGGAAAGUAAGGUGUCUAAGUCGUACGGAAGGAAGAAGACAGUGAUUAAGGAGGUGGAUCCAAGCCUGAGCGCCAUGAUGGACAUGGACGAUGAUUCAGUGAUCAAGCAUCCUAGACGAGUCACUCCUCCGCCUCCAUCAGAUACUGAGCAGACAGACGAGCCAGACGAAGAUGUUGCUAUGGAGGAUGAUGAGGACUUGCCAAAACCUAUACCCAAGAAGAAGAAGGUGAAGAAGGCGAUCCCAGUAGGCCGGAAUGGGCUCAAGAAGAGACGAGUGGUCAAGAGUCGCAUGACAACCGAUGCGAAGGGAUACAUUAGUGCGUUUACUAUUCCAAUCAACAUUAAGACGCUCGCUCUCAACUGCCACUUUCAUUCUGCAGUCACGGAGGAUUACUCUGAAUACGAGUCCGUGGAUGAGGAAGAGCCGGAAGAACCUAAGCCAAAAGCGAAGAAACCCGCUGCUAGGGGAAAGAAAUCGGACUCUGAAGAGAAAUCAUCGAAGGUGAGCUCGAAAGAGAAAGGAGGCAAAUCUAGUGCUGCGACAAAGGGCUCGAAGUCAGGAACAUCGUCUAAAGUGAAAAAGACGAUGUCUGGAGGGCUGAUGGAUUUCUUCGGAAAGAAGUAGGACUAUGCGUUUGUAUCCUAGCUUGAAACCUCAUUCGACGUUUGUGUAACCUUAGUCUUCAAUGCAUUAAAAGAGCAUAAGCAAUGAUACGUUUAUGCAGAUUGACCAUUGUAUCCAAGCAAAAAAACAAUGAGACGCUAUAG